CAUCCUUUUCCAUCCAUCCCCCAAAUAUAGAUUGUCUUUUUAGGCUGGUGUGACGUACCAUGAGCGCAGCUGGCAGAUGCGUACACCACCUCGCCAUAUGCGACAACAUCAAGAAGACUUUGACAUUUUGUAGGUAGAUAUUUUAUGAAUCAAUUACACAGUAGCUUUAAGUGGUAUUACGAGCUGGCGAGCCAAUAGUUUUGAAAGAAUUCGGGACGAGGGAGCUACUCACCAGUUUUCUUUUUUUACUACGUUAUUAACAUUUGUAAUAGGAAAGUCUUUUUUUUUGCGUAGCUACUUUCUUAGUAAACUUGCCUAGGUCGCAGGCUCUAGCUUUACGUUAGAAAACGAUUGCACCGUUUCUACUACUUGGGCAGCAUCCGUAGUUCUUUCAACGCGAAACCACACUUGUUUUGGUGGCGUGAGUUUGUCCGCAUCUCUCGUUUCUUUCCCAUGUGGGAUAGCAGCUAUAGUGGUCGAGACGAGUCGAGUGCCAACGCCUUUUUCUGUCUCUGACUGGGCGAAACUAAUCGCGAAAGCACCGGAACCUUUUCUAUUUUCCACCACAACAAUUUAUGAGAGGUAUCUGCCAUUCAAACCAGAUAUUGAAGAAGUAACUAGCUAACUAAGGGAUUCAAAAUGGGUUGCACGAUCAGCCAGGAGGAUAAAGCAGCGAUGGAAAGGAGUAAAAUGAUUGAUCGGAACCUACGAGAAGACCGAGACAAAGCGUCCAGGGAAGUGAAACUUCUACUACUUGGUGCUGGGGAGUCUGGGAAAAGUACAAUAGUGAAGCAGAUGAAAAUCAUCCAUGAGGCCGGCUACUCUGAGGAGGAGUGUAAACAGUACAGAGUGGUGGUGUACAGCAACACAAUCCAGUCUAUCAUCGCCGUCAUCAGAGCCAUGGGACACCUAAAGAUAGACUUUGGGGACGCCGCACGAGCGGACGAUGCUCGUCAGCUGUUUGUAUUGGCUGGUACAACGGAGGAGGGUGUGAUCUCGUCAGAUCUAACCGGUGUGAUACGGAAACUGUGGACGGACAGCGGGGUCCAGACCUGCUUCCUGCGCUCCAGAGAGUACCAGCUCAACGACUCCGCAUCCUAUUAUCUGAAUGACCUGGACCGUAUUGCCCAACAGAGUUAUGUCCCCACCCAGCAAGAUGUGCUUAGGACCAGAGUCAAGACUACUGGCAUCGUGGAGACACACUUUACCUUCAAGGAGCUCUACUUCAAGAUGUUUGACGUGGGCGGCCAGCGUUCUGAGAGGAAGAAGUGGAUCCACUGCUUUGAGGGCGUGACAUCUAUUAUCUUCUGUGUGGCGCUCAGUGACUAUGACCUGGUGCUGGCAGAGGACGAAGAGAUGAACCGUAUGCAUGAGAGCAUGAAGCUGUUUGACUCCAUCUGCAACAACAAGUGGUUCACAGACACCUCCAUCAUCCUCUUCCUCAACAAGAAGGAUCUGUUUGAGGAGAAGAUUGCCAGGAGUCCACUCACCAUCUGUUACCCUGAGUACGCAGGAGCCAGUACAUAUGAGGAAGCAGCAGCCUACAUCCAGUGUCAGUUUGAGGAUCUGAACAGGAGGAAGGACACUAAAGAGAUCUACACCCACUUCACCUGCGCCACCGACACCAAGAACGUUCAGUUCGUGUUCGACGCCGUCACAGAUGUCAUCAUCAAGAUUAACCUCAAGGAGUGUGGACUCUACUGAGGGGGGACCAGGGAUCUUCAGGUGUCUGGUGGACCGUGAGCCUCGUGGAAGGAGAUGAUGAUAUGAGAUGACUUGGGACAUUUGCAUUAGAUGAUCGCGGAAGUAGAAGAAGAUUAUGGAGAGAACCAACGAUUGAGACUGUUGGUUGCCAUGCUGAAUACAGCGGAUGAUGAAUACUGCAUUCUGGGAUUGUUUCCGUUUUACCACUUUUUUUUCUCCAUGUUCUCAACCCUCUGAUACACUGAGCUCAGGACAGAGCUGAACUGUGGGGGAAACCUUAAGCAGUGAAAUAUAGUCACUGUGUCUUCUAUGGGAACUGCCAAGUCAGACUACAGAAUACUUCUGUUUUUAGUUCCAGAUAAUUUACACUGAACAAAAAUAUAGAAACGCAACAUAUAAAGUGUUGUUCCCAUGUUUCAUGAGCUGAAAUUAAAGAUCCCAGACAUUUUCCAUACGCACAAAAAGUUUAUUUCUCAAAAUAUUUGGUGCAGAAUUUUGUUUACAUCUUUGUUAGUGAGCAUUUCUCCUUUGCCAAGAUAAUCCAUCCACCCGACAGGUGCGGAAUAUCAAGAUACUGAUUAAACAGCAUGAUCAUUACAUAGGUGCACCUUGUGCUGGGGUAAUAUAAGAUAUGUCGUAAAGGUGCAGUUUUGUCACACAACACAAUGUCACAGAUGACCCAAGUUUUAGGAGACCGAUUGGCAUGCUGACUGCAGGACUGUCCACCAAAGCUAUUGCCAGAGAAUUUAAUGUUAAUUUCUCAUCUCCAACGUCGUUUUAGAGAAUUUGCCAAUUCGUCCAUCCGGUCUCACAACCGCAGACCACGUGUGAACCACGUCAGCCCAGGACCUCCACAUCUGGCUUCUUCCCCAUCAGGAUCGUCUGAGACGAGCCGGACAGCUGAUGCAACUGUGGGUUUGUGCUUCUCAGGGAAGCUCAUCUACUUAGCCUUGACCUGACUGCAGUUCGGCGUCAGUAACCGACUUCAAUGGGCAAAUGCUUACCUUCGAUGGCCACUGGCACGCUGGAGAAGUGUGCUCUUCACAGAUAAAUCCUGGUUUCAACUGUACCGAGCAGAUGGCAGACAGAGAGUGUAUGGCGUCUUUCAGCGGUUUGCUGAAGUCAACGUUGGUAACAGAGUGCCCCAUGGUGGCGGUGGGGUUAUGAUAUGGGCAGGCAUUAACUACGGACAACGAACACAAUUGCAUUUUAUUGGUGACAAUUUGAAUGCACUGAAAUACCGUGACGAGAUCCUGAGGCCCGUUGUCGUGCCAUUCACCCACCGCCACCCCCUCAUGUUUCAGCAAGAUAAUGCACGGAUCUGUCACAAGGAUCUAUACACAAUUUCUGGAAGCUGAACAUUUCCCAGUUAUUCCAUGACCUGCAUGCUGCCACCCAUUUAGAAUGUUUAAGAUGCUCUGGAUCGACGUGUACGACAGCGUGUUCCAGUUCCGGCCAAUAUCCAGCAACUUCGCACAGCCAAUGAAGAGGAGUGGAACAACAUUCCCCACCAAUCAACAUCCUGAUCAACUCUGUGUGAAGGAGAUGAGGCAUUGUGAACAGAGUGUCCCAUGGCAAAUGGUGGUCACACCAGAUACUGACUGGUUUUCUGCUCCACAGACCCAUAUCUGUAUUCCCAGUCAUGUGAAAUCCAUAGAUUAGGGCCUAAUGAAUUUAUUUCAAUUGACUGAUUUCCUUAUAUGACCGGUAACUCCAGUGAACAUCUCUUGAAAUUGUUGCAUGUUGCGUUUGAUAUUUUUGUUCAGUGUAGGUAGAGUGGAGUGAUGUUUUUAUGGCAUUUGGUUGAUUUCGUAACCAACAAAUCACACAAAUCAUCAUUGUCUGUGUCCCAAAUGACACCCAAUCCCCUAUGUAGUGCAAUACCUUCGACCAGAGUACAUUUACAUUUAAGUCAUUUAGCAGACGCUCUUAUCCAGAGCGAUUUACAAAUUGGUGAAUUCACCUUCUGACAUCCAGUGGAACAGCCACUUUACAAUAGUGCAUCUAAAUCAUAGUGCACUACAUAGGGGAAUAGGGUGUCUUUGGAAUCUAUCCCUUCUCUGCAUUCCCAAGCCAGGGCGGCAGGAUAGCCUAGUGGUUAGAGCAUUGGACUAGUAAUCAAAAGGUUGCAAGUUCAAAUCCACGAGCUGACAAGGUACAAAAUCUGUCGUUCUGCCCCUGAACAGGCAGUUAACCCACUGUUCCCAGGCCGUCAUUGAAAAUAAGAAUUUAUUUCUAACUGACUUGCCUGGUUAAAUAAAGGUAAAAUUCCAGUGCUCCCAUCUAUAGAUUGACACAAUACUGGUAUACACUGAGUGUACAAAACAUUAAGAACAACUUCCUCAUAUUGAGUUGCAACUCCUUUGCCUUCAGAACAGCCUCAAAUCACCGGGGAAUGGUGUCGAAAGCAUUGUACAAGGAUGCUGGCCCAUGUUGACUCCAAUGCUUCCCACAGUUGUGUUAAAUUGGCUGAAUGUCCUUUGGGUGGUGGACCAUUCUUGAUACACAUGGGAAACUGUUGAGUGUGAAAAACCUCAGCAGAGUUGCAGUUCUUGACACAAACCUGGCACCUACUUAUAUCUGAGAUAUAAAAAGAUCAGGAAACAUGUACAGUACCAGUCCAAAGUUUGGACACACCUCAUUCAAGGGUUUUUCUUUAUUUUUACUAUUUUCUACAUUGUAGAAUAAUAGUGAAGACAUCAAACUAUGAAAUAACACAUAUGGAAUCAUGUACUAACUCAAAAAAAGUGUUAAACAAAUUAAAAUAUAUUUUAGAUUUUAGAUUCUUCAUGGUAGCCUCCUUGAUGACAGCUUUGCACACUCUUGGCAUUCUCUCAACCAGCUUCACCUGGAAUGCUUUUCCAACAGUCUUGAAGGAGUUUCCACAUAUACUGAGCACUUGUUGGCUGCUUUUCCUCAUCGCAAACCAUCUCAAUUGGGUUGAGGUCAGGGGAUUGUGGAGGCCAGGUCAUCUGAUGCAGCACUCCAUCACUCUCCUUCUUGGUCAAAUAGCCCUAACACAGUCUGAAGGUGUGUUGGGUCAUUGUCCUGUUGAAUAACAAAUGAUAGUCCCACUAAAUGCAAACCAGAUGGGAUGGUGUAUUGCUGCAGAAUGCUGUGGUAGCCAUGCUGGUUAAGUGUGCCUUGAAUUCUAAAUAAAUCACAGACAGUUUCACCAGCAAAGCACCCCCACCCCAUCACACCUCCUCCACCAUGCUUAACGGUGGGAACCACACAUCCGGAGAUCAUCCAUUCACCUACUCUGCGUCUCACAAAAACACAGUAGUUGGAACCAAAAAUCUCAAAUUUGGACUCAUCAGACCAAAGGACAGAUUUCCACCAGUCUAAUGUCCAUUACUUGUGUUUCUUGGCCCAAGCAAGUCUCUUCUUCUUAUUGCUGACCUUUAGUGAUGGUUUCUUUGCAGCAUUUCAACCAUGAAGACCUGAUUCACACAGUCUCCUCUGAACAGUUGAUGUUGAGAUGUGUCUGUUACUUGAACUCUGUGAAGCAUUUAUUUGGGCUGCAAUGUGAGGUGCAGUUAACUCUAAUGAACAUUUCCUCUGCAGCAGAUGUACCUUUGGGUCUUCCUUUCCUGUGGCGGUCCUCAUGAGUAUCAGUUUCAUCAUAGUGUUUGAUGGUUUUUGUAACUGCACCUGAAGAAACUUGAAAGUUUCUUGACAUUUUCCAUAUUGAUUGACCGGAAAAAAGUUAAAGUAAUGAUUGACCGUUGUUUCUCUUCGAUUAUUUGAGCUGCUCUUGCCAUAACAUGGACUUGGUCUUUUACCAAAUAGGGCUAUCUUCUGUAUAUUCCCACCUACCUUGUCACAAUACAACUGAUUGUCUCAAACGCAUUAAGAAGGAAAUAAAUUCCACAAAUUUACUUUUAACAAGGCACGCCUGUUAAUUGAAAAUCAUUCCAGGUGACCUCAUGAAGCUGGUUGAGAGAAUGCCAAGAGUGUGUGCAAAGCUAUCAUCAAGGCAACAGGUGGCUACUUUGUAGAAUCUGAAAUAUAAAAUAUAUUUUGAUGUAGCACGUUAUUUUGGUUACUACAUGAUUCCAUAUGUGUUAUUUCCUGGUGUUGAUGUCGUCACUAUUAUUCUACAACGUCUGACAAACGCCGCUCUCGCUUUGUCACCUUUCACCACAGGAAGUGUUACUUCGACGGUGGAUUAAGAUGCAUCCAUAGCAACAUCACAAAACAUCUCUAGAUUAAACUGACAGGUUUAAAAAAAAAAGAAGUUAUAUUCGUAUUUUAUUAUGCUAAUUCAUUUUCCACGGGGGUGUGGCCAUCGACCUUAGGUGGUUUAAGUCUUUUGUCUUGCCCAUUCACCCUCUGAACGUACACAAUCCAUGUCUCAAUUAUCUCAAGGCUUAGACAUCCUCCCCUUCAUCUACAAUGAUAACGUUCACCUGGUCAGUCUGGUGGAAAAGAGCAGGUGUUCAUAAUGUUUUGUCUACUCAGUAUGCACACCAGACCAAACCACCAAGCUGAACAUGUCAAUAUUUCACCUUUUUUAUAUAUACACUGCUCAAAAAAAUAAAGGGAUCACUAAAAUAAAUAGAUUUGGCACCUAACUCUUCACCUUUCAUCACGUUUUACCUAGGUUACAUCCUUAUUUGUUAUUUCAUGUUCAAAACUUAAAUUACAAAUGGACCACUUUGUAUUGAACAGUAUUUUUGUAUGUUAGGACUCUUGUUCACUACGGCACAUUAUUGUAUAAUAUUGAUCAUUGAAUAUUGAUUAUUGUCAAGUGAGAUUAAUAGUUUUAUCGCACAACUUUAUAAUACAAUACUUAUUGAUUUAUCUGGAUGAAAGACCAUUUUGUAAUUCACAUCUUGAUAUUUUAUAGCCUUUAUAAUGAUUUAAGAGAUGUAUUUUAUCUAAAGUGUAUUGUUAAGAAUGAACGGACCAAUGAACUAGAUGGAGUAUGUAACAACAUGUUUUUGUUACAGAGGGGAAAGCUGUGCUCAGAACCCCACUGCCUGCCUUCACUUGCAGAGAUGUCGUUUUUCUUUUCCUGUCUUCUAUGGGAGGCAGAAACAAAUGUGAUACUAAGUAAGUCAUUCCACGAAAGGUUCGGUUUAUGGGUGGGGUUACUGUUACAUAAGAAACAUGAUUGGUUGGUUCGGGAACCAAGGAGAACUCCACUGAACAUUUAUUUUGUCCAGAAAACAGUUAGUCAAAUAGCCACCAACUAUCUGGGUUUGAGACUGUCAUCACUUCCUCCUCGGUCAGAACUAUGCCUUACAUUCCACGGUCAUAUUCAGCAGGUACCAAAACGGAAUAAGAUACACUGAAACAGGAAGGGACUACCCGAAAUUAUCCAAUAAGAAAUGGUUGUUUUUUUUUCUGUUGCCAAAUGUCUUUUUCGCUACGUUAUGAAACGGUGUGCACUAAUGAAUGCGACCCUGUAGAUGGAUCACAUGAGCUGGUUACAUUAUACUUCUGGUUCAGGUUGACUUUGUUCAGAUGUGUUACUAUUAACUCUAUUAAUUGAUGGCACUUCAACUCUCUGCUCUGUUUUUCUAUCCUUGGCUGCAUCAUAGAUGGCACCAUAUUCCCUUGUAUUACUUUUGACCAGGGCCCGUUGUGAAUACGAUGCCCUUUUCACCAGGGCCCGUAGGGAAUACGAUGUCCUUUUGACCAGGGCUCGUAGGGUAUACGAUGCCCUUUUAACCAGGGCCCGUAGGGUAUACGAUGCCCUUUUGACCAGGGCCCGUAGGGUAUACGAUGCCCUUUUGACCAGACCCCGUAGUGUAUACGAUGCCCUUUUGACCAGGGCCCGUAGGGUAUACGAUGCCCUUUUGACCAGGGCCCGUAGGGUAUACGAUGCCCUUUUGACCAGGGCCCGUAGGGAAUAGGAUGCCCUUUUGACCAGGGCCCGUAGGGAAUAGGAUGCCCUUUUGACCAGGGCCCGUAGGGAAUAGGAUGCCCUUUUGACCAGGGCCCGUAGGGAAUAGGAUGCCCUUUUGACCAGGGCCCGUAGGGAAUAGGAUGCCCUUUUGACCAGGGCCCGUAGGGAAUAGGAUGCCCUUUUGACCAGGGCCCGUAGGGAAUAGGAUGCCCUUUUGACCAGGGCCCGUAGGGAAUAGGAUGCCCUUUUGACCAGGGCCCGUAGGGAAUAGGAUGCCAUUUUGACCAGGGCCCGUAGGGAAUACGAUGCCCUUUUGACCAGGGCCCGUAAGGAAUAGGAUGCCCUUUUGACCAGGGCCCGUAAGGAAUAGGAUGCCCUUUUGACCAGGGCCCGUAGGGAAUAGGAUGCCCUUUUGACCAGGGCCCGUAGGGAAUAGGAUGCCCUUUUGACCAGGGCCCGUAGGGAAUAGGAUGCCCUUUUGACCAGGGCCCGUAGGGAUUACGAUGCCCUUUUGGGACACAUCCCUUGUCUUCAUAAACAACACAAGGGCUCCCGAGUGUCGCAGCGGUCUAAGGCACUGCAUCGCAGGGCUCGAGGCGUCACUACAGACCCUGGUUCGAUUCCAGGCUGUAUCACAACCGGCCGUGAUUGGGAGUCCCAUAGGGCGGCGCACAAUUGGCCCAGCGUCGUCCGGGUUAAGAAAGGUUUUGGCCGGGGUAGGCCGUCAUUGUAAAUAAUAAUAAUUUGUUCUUAACUGUCUUGACUAGUUAAAGGUUAAAUAAAAUGAAUAAAACCACCA